UUGGCAUUUGGACAAGGUUUCCCAGAAAUCGACCGUUUAAAGUCAACUCCGCAAUAAAUUUGGGUGGAUCGUGAAAAACCCUUGGUCAGUCCUGACCCUCGUUGCGGUACAUUAUACCUGUAAUUCCGUUCUGCGACUAAGAAGCAUCGUGGAAGAAAGAGCAGAUCUCAUCAUACUGAGUCGAGACACGAUAUACAUUUAGGGUUAUCCAACAGGAAGAGCUAGAGAGAGUCAGCAUGUCUAAUGCCAGAAUGUCUUCACCCAUUUGUUUGGUGGAGAAUGUGAACGGAUCUCUCCACGUCUGUAAGGAUGCCAUUGAGCUCUUGAGUAAAAUCAAGGAGCCGGUGGUGGUGGUGUCUGUGGUGGGACUCUACCGUACGGGGAAGUCCUACCUUAUGAACCGACUGGCAGGACAACAGUCCGGCUUUGCUCUUGGCAACACUAUUGAGUCGAAAACCAAAGGUAUCUGGAUGUGGUGUGUCCCUCACCCCUAUAAAGAAGGACACACUCUGGUGCUGCUGGACACAGAGGGACUGGGUGAUGUGGACAAGGGAGACUCUAAGAAUGACGGCUGGAUUUUUUCUCUGGCCGUUCUGCUCAGCAGCACUCUGGUGUACAACAGCCGCGGCACCAUCGAUAACAAUGCAGUGGAAAAUCUGCACUACGUUAGUGAGCUCGCUGAGCAGAUCAAGAUCAGAUCAACAGCAGACGAGGAGGAAGAGGAUUCUCAGUUUGUGCAGUUUUUCCCAUCAUUCAUCUGGGUGGUUAGAGAUUUCACCUUGAAACUGGAAAUUGAUGGACGGAACGUGACUCCGGAUGAGUACCUGGAGUUUGCCCUCCAGCUGAAAAAAGGUGUAAAUAAGAAAACCAGCGACUACAAUCUGCCCCGUCAAUGCAUCCGAAACUAUUUCCCAUCCCGGAACUGUUUCGUGUUCCCAUCUCCUGCCUCGCCUGAAAACAUGAGCCGCUUAGAAAGCUUGCAAGAACGGGACCUUGUAGCAGAUUUUCUGCAGGUCACGGGUCGUUUUUGUGACCACAUCUUUCACAGGAGUGCAGUGAAAACACUGAAAGGAGGACACAAAGUUACUGGCAAUUUGCUCGGGCACCUGGUGAAGAUUUAUGUGGAUACAAUCAGCAGUGGGAAGAUGCCCUGUCUGGAGAAUGCAGUGGUUACCCUCGCAAAUCUAGAGAACCAGGCAGCUGUUCAAGAAGCGUUGAUGGUGUAUCAGAGCGGGAUGGAAGAGGUGAAGAACAAGUUCCCAGUAAAUGUGGAUGAUAUUGCCACUGGGCACCAGAAGUUCAGCAGGCUGGCCACCUCUGAGUUUAUGAAACGCUCUUUUAAAGAUGAAAAAGGAGAAUACCUAAAAAAACUAGUGGAAAACAUAGAUGUACACUAUGUAGGCCUGCUGAAAGAGAAUGAGAUGGCGUCAGAGAGAAAGUGUCAAGAUCUGCUGAAGAAUCUGUUCUCUGACAUGAAUAAACGGCUGCAGAAUGGAGAGUACAGUCAGUCUGGAGGACAUGAACUCUACUGCAGAGACAGGGACGCCAUUGUUGAGAAGUUCCGUAGAGAACCCAACAAAGGCGUAUCGGCUGAGGCCGUGCUGAACGAGUUUCUGAAUGAGCGAGGAGCUGAAGCAAACAGCAUCCUCUACACAGACACAAAACUCACUGAAAACGACAGAAAGAUUCAAGAAGAAAAGGAGAAGAAUGCUCUGCUGGAAAGGAAGUAUAAAGAGGAAGAGGAGAAACGCAUUCAGGUUGAACGAAUGACGCAGGCAGAAAAAGAGCGGCAGGAGGACCGAAUGAGGCAGAUGGAGGAAAAGUUUUACCAGGAGAGGGACCAGCUGCAGAAGGAGAUGGACAGAGCCAUUGAGAGCAAACUGAAGGAGCAGGCGGAGAUGCUAAACAAAGGCUUUAGGGAGAAAGCUGAUUUUCUGAAUGAAGAGAUAACGAAUCUUAAAAAAGAAAAGGAAGAGAAAAGUUCUGAGGGAUUUGUGAAGGAAUAUUUGACGCCUAUUGUUGGAGCUGUAUCAGAAAUCCUUCCUGCCUUACUCCAAUACAAGGUGAUGAUGAAAGGACUCAAAUCUAAAUAAAUACCACUUUAAUGCAAAUCACUAUUGAAUUAAAAAUUUAUUCAUUUAAAGUUAUGGCUUACAAAACUCAAUCAUGCGUGUUUUUUAUUUAGUAAGAUUAUAUUUAGCAGAGAUGGAAAGACAAUAUUCUACUCAAGUAAAAGUACUACUAUUUUCCUUUACAAGUAAAAUUACCGGUCUAAAAAUCUACUCAAGUAAAAGUAAAAAGUAGCUCAUUUAAAAUUUACUCAGAGAAAAAAACUUUUUUUUGGUUCAUUUUUUAACAGCAAGGGUGCGUAACUCUCCUGUGUGGGUUGUAAUGGUAGGAGAUUUCCACAGUGUGAUGACUCAAUUCAAGACAAUAUCACGGUUUACAGUAUUAAUCAAUUAUUAAAUAAAUAAACAGAAUUACUAAAUUAUGGUUAUUAUUAUUAUUAUUAUCAUCAGUUAAAAUGACCGUUAAAUUAACGAAAACAGGGUUUUUUUUAUUGAACAAAUGCUUUUACUAAAACAAACUUGAAACCAUUUGUUUGUCUUUAUUAAAAUUUAAAUAAAACAUGUCUAAUCAGUUAAAAACAAUUGAAAAUGAAUUAGAUUAACUACUUAUUUUUUUAACAUUGAUCAUUUAGUAAAAUGUUUAAGAAUAAUAUAGUCCUAUGAAAUGUAUUUUAUUCAGAAAAUGUAUGUUUCUUUUUAUGAUUUAAUCCAAAUAUAUUAUCAAAAACAGUGGUAAUCAAAUGCAAAUUUAAACUUGUGUCCCUUUAUUUUUGGGGGAAGCACUGCAAAAACAGAUUGUCUAAAAUAAUCCAUGGACAAAAAUAUAUAUGUUCCUUUUUAAAUAAUGUUUAAAUAAAAUGUAUUGUUGUUCUUAUUUUGAGAAGUAUGUUCUAUUGUAUGCCUAGAUUUCCUAACUUUUAAGUUGUAGUGAAGAAUUGUUUCAAAGUGUAUUUGACAAUGGUUUUUCUCAAAUAAAAUUAUGAAAAUGCUCGUUAGGCGUUCUCUCA